AUGAUCAGCACUUUUUGUCAUGGCCCUGCUCCACCUAAAAGUUGGCAAAGUGCUUGGUACUUUAGUAAUAAUUAUGACGGUAAGAUUCCUGACAAGACGAAAAUCAAUUCAUCAUCGUCAUCAUUCUAUUCAAAACUUCUACAAAAACGUGUCAUUAAGGAACGUUUGAAAAAAAAAAGAAUUUGGGAUGGAAUCUCAAAUUCUAAUCCUUUCGAAAGCAACAACAAUAAUUUAUUCUCAAGAGAUUGUGAAUAUGAAGAAAUGGAUUUAUCAAAUAGUUUAAUUACUUUUGAAUGUUUUAAGAGAAAUUUUUGGAAAGAAUUUAACAAUAAAAAUAUCAAUAAAUCAUUAAAUAUUGUUGAAAAUUGGGAGGAUCUAUUAUCAAAAGAUGACGGAGAUGGAAAUGGAAAUGGAAAUGACGGAGGCGAUGAUCAAGAUAUUGAAUUAAUAUCAAAACAAUAUUUAUGUCACAACAGUAUCAAUAGUAAUAGUAAUAGCAGCAAUGAUAAUGAAUCAUUAUUAACCAAAAAAUAUUUAACGAAAUUUAGAAAGCUUAAAUAUAUUAAUUUAGGAUUUUCAAAUAAUCUAGCAUCUAUUCCUAUGGCAUCUUUGUUGGUUAGCACUUUGCCUCUAUUAACUCAUUUAUCAAUAGCGGGAUGUUUUGAUGCUAAUAGUGGACCAAUAGCUCUAAAUAUAUUUUCAAAUUUGAUUAAUUUAUUAUUUUGGGAUUUAUCUUAUUGUGGAUGGAUUAAUGAUAAAAUAUUGGCAAAAGCUAUUAAUUGGGAAAUCAAUUUAAAGUCUUUAAAAGUUUUGGUUUUGAUAGAAUGUGGAAAAUUUAAAGAUUUAGAAGGAUUGAAGCAUAAAUUGAUUAAUACAAGAAGACUACUUGAAAUUUGGACUGAUAAUGCAAAUUUGUAA